AUGACCAUGACGGACCCCCAGACUGACGAAACAACACCACCGCGGAAGCGUAUUGCUGUCGCUUGUGGGAGAUGCCGCAAGCGCAAGAUCCGGUGCAGUGGAGACCCAGGUGGUGGACUACCGUGUGUCAACUGCAAGAAUGCUGGUGUUGAUGCCUGCCUCUUCCUCCGGGUCCAGUCCCAGGAGGCGCCGAUGCGAGAGGACAGUCGAUAUGACUACAACAUCGACGUUUCUCGAACACUGGCUCAGCGCAGCGGGGGGUCUAUGGCGCAUAUCAGCUCUUCCAUGGCUCAGUACCCACAGGAAAUGCACCUCUUGAGCUCAGGGGCCAUGCCAUCGUCUUAUAGAGGCACUGGCUACACCAACAUGGGGACGAAAGGCUACUAUUCCAUGGGCGCAGACUGGGGAGAUGCAUAUGGCGCGGAUUCGGCCGUUGGCGACUACAGCCUGGGUGUGCCGCAGUACCAGGUGAUCAGCAGUGACGCGUCGAGUAUUGUCCCGAGCUACGGACACUGGGGUACCCGCCAAAAGAACGUCGGGCAAGGCGGCAGCGUGUACGUGGAUUCCGAGUCCACGUACCCAUACAGCACCGCAGCCAGCGCUGGUCUUGUUCAUAGGCCAGCUUCGUCCAUGCCAGCCGAAACUUCGGCCUACUCCUUCUCGAGCAUCGCCGCGUCACUUCCUUCCGCGGGGAACGAGCGCCACCUCCCGAACCCAGCAGCCGUUUCACGAGCCAUGAGCAACUCAUCCGCUACGUAUCGCAUCGACGGUCUCCCCGCAGGGUACGGCGGCACGAAGUCGAGCCACACAUCAGUUCCCGGCACCCAGGCUUCAACAACGUCACCGAUCGCUGACGUGACGGCGGCUGCCGCAGCUGUGGGGUACGCCAGCUCGUAUGACUACGCCUCAGUCGGGAGACCCUCGCAACAGCAUGGCAGCAGUCCCUCAGAUGCGUAUGGAUCUGUGUCGACAGGGAGCAGCGAGACCAUUUUUGGAGAGCAAGACCGCAGCGCCGCCUCGCAGGGAUGCGUCGAGCCUACGGCGCGCCUCGUCCGGGUCUGGCUUGACGACUCGAUCGACUGCGGAAAGCAGCGUCAGCACCGGCUACGCAGCCAGUGA